GUAAAAAUUAAAUAAUUUUUUAAAUUAAACUUGGUAGUCGAAAAUAGCGACUAUUCAUGACAAUGUAUUACGACCCCAAUGAUGAGCGACCAUAUAUGUACUUCGUUAAAUUACCUUUAAUCGAGCAGAAGUUUGCCAUAGGAUGUAAGAGCCUUCGUUCAGCAACUGUCGGCUAUAUAGUCGAUUUGGCGAAAGAUGUGGCCGAACGAACAAAAUUUACCUAUACGGAAGAGCCCACAGUCUACUGUACGGAUAUUGGGAAAAUUAUUGUUGAUAACACUGCGCUAGCUUUCUGCAUAUCGAAAGGAUAUGGUUUUGAGGUUUUCAACGGGGUACAGGCGGUGUUUAAGGUGCCAAGACAUGAGAGCAAGAUCAUCCCGGCCGCCAUCAACCCAGAUAGUUAUUAUACUUAAUUUUCUAAAGACAUAAUAUUAUUAACAAUAACAAUUUUGAUUUG